AUGAGCGCUUACGAACUUCGCAAGGCCGCCCUCGUAUCUGCCGUCUCCGGAACCAAGCGUGAGAUCCAGUACCCGCUCAAGGCCGACGGCAAGGCCCGGUAUCCGUCAGAGAUCUACGGCGAGAAUGUUUUCACGCUGAAGACCAUGGCCAAGGCUCUGCCCAAGCCCAUCUUCGCCAGCUUCCUCAAGCAGCGUCGUGGUCGUCAGAACCUCGACAAGAACACCGCUGACUCGAUCUCCCACGCUGUGCGCGUCUGGGCCAUGGACCGCGGCGCUACCCACUACACCCACUGGUUCCAGCCCCAGACCGGCACGACCGCCGAGAAGCACGACGCGUUCCUGUCCCUGGUGUCCAACUUUACGCCUGGAGGCGAGGAGGUCACCCCCAUCGACCAGUUCUCGGGCGGCCAGCUACUGCAGUCCGAGCCUGACGCGUCGUCGUUCCCCUCGGGUGGCAUGCGCACCACGUUUGAGGCACGCGGCUACACGAUCUGGGACACGUCCAGUUCGAUGUUCGUGCAGCAGGGCCCUAACGGCACCUCGAUUCUGUACAUCCCGUCGGUCUUCAUUUCGUACAACGGCGACGCCCUCGACGAGAAAACCGUGCUGCUGCGCUCUAAUGAUGUGCUGUCGCGCGCCGCGACCGACCUGCUGAGCAUCCUCGAGCCCGAGUCCCACAUCAGCCAUGUCUACACCACGCUCGGAACCGAGCAGGAGUUCUUCAUGGUCGACCGCAACAUGUACUCGCUGCGCCCCGACUUGAAGAUCACCGGCCGCACGCUGGUCGGCCAGCUGCCGCCGCGCCACCAGCAGCUCGAGGACCACUACUUCGGGCGCAUCCCGAGCCGCGUCAUGGCGGCCAUGAGCGAGCUCGAGCUCGAGUGCCUGCGUCUGGGCAUCCCCAUCAAGACGCGCCAUAACGAGGUCGCGCCCGGGCAGUUCGAGCUGGCGCCGAUCUUCGAAGAGGCUUCGGUGGCCGUCGACCACAACCUGCUGACGAUGGACCUGCUGCACAAGGUCGCGCACAAGCACAACCUGCGUGUGCUGUACCACGAGAAGCCGUUCAAGGGCAUCAACGGCUCGGGCAAGCACUGUAACUGGGCGCUGUCGACCGACCGCGGCGAGAACCUGCUGGACCCGACUGUGCGUCCCGAGACCAACUUCCGCUUCAUCAUCUUCUUGCUGGCUGUGCUGCGCGCGCUGCACGAGCACGCUGCGCUGCUGCGUGUCGCUAUCUCAUCGUCUUCCAACGAGCACCGCCUCGGCGCGCAGGAGGCGCCGCCCGGCAUCAUCUCGGCAUUCCUCGGUGACCAGCUCAACGAGGUUCUCGACGCCAUCGAGGAGAACCGUCCACUCAAGAACUUCAGUGUCGGCCUGCCGCACAUUGCGCGCGAUCUGACUGACCGUAACCGCACGUCGCCGUUCGCGUUCACCGGAAACAAGUUUGAGUUCCGCGCUGUCGGCUCCAAGCAGUCGCCGUCGUUCCCUGUCACCGUGCUCAACUGCGCCGUGUCGGCCGCGCUGCACGAGAUCACCGCCGAUCUGCGCGCGCAGACCGGCAGCAAGCCGCGCCCGUCGGACGAGGACAAGCUGGCCGUCAUCCGCAAGUACAUCAAGCUGACCAAGCACGUGCGCUUCGAGGGCGACAACUACUCCGAGGCCUGGGUGAAGGAGGCCGAGCGCCGCGGGUUGCCCAACAUCGCGUCGGCGCCCGAGGCGUACCCGCACCUGAUUGCUGCCAAGCACGAAACCGGUGUCUUCAGCGAGAGUGAGCUCAAGUCGCGCUACCACAUCCUCAACGAGCGCUACACCAAGGACAUCAUCAUCGAGGCCGAGACGCUGAGCACCAUCAUUGGCCAGCAGAUCCUGCCCGCUGCCUUCGAGUACCGCAAGUCGCUGGCCGAGACCGCUGUCGCGCUCAAGACCGUCGGCAUUGAGGAUGGCCCCGAGAUCGAGACGCUCGAGGAGCUGACGCCGCUGGUCGCCGCGCUGCAGGCUGAGUUCCGCAAGCUGGUCAAGGCGCUUAAGGGCUGCCUCGAGCAUGAGCACGAGACCGAGGACUCGAACAAGCACGCCCUGGCCGCCUACAAUGACAUCGUGCCCGUCAUCGCCAGCGUGCGCGAGGCUGCCGACGCGCUUGAGGUCGUUGUCGCUGACAAGUACUGGCCGCUGCCCAAGUACACCGAGCUGCUGCUGACGAUCUGA